AUGGAAAAGAUGAUGAAACAUCAAGAGCUAACCAACAAGAACUAUGAAGCUUCAAUGAGGAAUUUGGAAAGGCAGAUUGGCCAAUUGUCUAAGCAAACAGUGGCUGAAAGAGCACCCAAUGCAUUGCCAAAAGCCACCAAGAAGCCAACAGAGAAUGACAAGACCAGCAGUAAAGAGCAAGUGACAAUUGAAGAAAAGAACCAAGAAAGGCUCAAGGAAAAAGAGGAACUUCAAGUUUCAAGGAAGGGGAAGCAGAUUAUGAAGGAGCCAUCACAAGAACAGAGGAAGAUAGUGAAGUCUUAUAACCCUCCUUUGCCAUACCCUCAAAGAUUGCAGAAAGAAAUCAAAGAUCAACAGUUCCUCAAGUUCCUAGAAGUCUUUAAGAAGCUGGAGAUCAAUAUUCCACUGGCUGAAGCUCUAGAACAAAUGCCUCUUGCAAUGAUCCAAGAAGGCAUCCCACCAAAGCUCAAAGACCCUGGGAGUUUCUUCCUACCUUGUACCAUUGGUGACAUAAUCAUUGACAAGGCACUGUAUGAUUUGGGAUCCAGUAUUAACCUCAUGCCUCUGUCCAUGAUAAGAAGGCUAUCUAUAGACAAAGUGAAGCCUACACAGAUGUCAUUAGAGCUAGUGGAUAGAUCUCUGGUGAUUCCCAAGGGGGUGAUUGAAAAUCUCUUGAUCAGAGUAGGAAAAUUCAUAUUUCCAGCAGACUUUGUAAUCCUGGACUUAGAAGAAGAGGGGGAUGAUUCUAUCAUAUUAGGAAGACCUUUCCUGACCAUUGCAAGGGCCAUCAUUGAUGUUGAACAAGAACAAAUGACCUUAAGGGUAAAUGAUGAGAAGAUCACCUUAAAUGUCUUCCAGGAAGUACAACAUACCGUUGAAGAUAAUAGGUUAUUGAAAUUAAAUGAGUUGGAUGAGUUUAGAUUGGAAGCCUACGAAAAUGCUAAGAUAUACAAGGAAAAAGAUAAGAGAUGA